AUGCCUCCUAGCAAGGACAUUGGUGGAUAUUUAUCUGAGUAUGUCCAUAAUGUAGCAUAUGGUGCAAGUAUUGAUUCUGAGGUCCAAAUCCUUGCAUUAAAUACACUAAAUGCUUUGAAGCGGUCUGUCAAAGCUGGUCCUAGGAAUACAAUACCAGGACGUGAGGAAAUUGAAGCUCUUCUAACUGGUAGAAAGCUUACAACAAUAGUGUUUUUUCUGGAUGAAACUUUUGAAGAAAUCACAUAUGACAUGGCAACGACAGUGUCUGAUGCUGUUGAGGAACUUGCUGGGAUAAUCAAGCUGUCAGCAUUUUCUAGCUUCAGUCUUUUUGAAUGCCGUAAAGUUGUGUCUGGUUCCAAGUCACCUGAUACUGGGAAUGAGGAGUACAUUGGGUUAGAUGAUAACAAAUAUAUUGGAGAUUUGUUAGCCGAAUUCAAGGCAGCUAAGGAUCGAAGUAAGGGAGAAAUUUUGCACUGCAAACUGAUAUUUAAGAAAAAGCUAUUUCGGGAGUCAGAUGAAGCUGUAACAGAUCCAAUGUUUGUGCAAUUAUCAUAUGUUCAAUUGCAACAUGACUAUAUAUUGGGCAAUUAUCCUGUUGGGAGGGAGGAUGCUGCUCAAUUGUCUGCAUUGCAAAUAUUGGUUGACAUUGGAUUUUUUGGUAGUCCUGAAUCAUCCGUUGAUUGGACUUCUCUCCUUGAGCGAUUUUUGCCCAGACAAAUUGCAAUUACACGAGGAAAGAGGGAAUGGGAGUUGGAUAUUCUUUCUCGUUACCGUUUGAUGGAAAAUCUGACUAAGGAUGAUGCAAGACAGCAAUUUCUGCGGAUAUUAAGGUCGCUUCCUUAUGGCAAUUCAGUAUUCUUCAGUGUUCGCAAAAUUGACGAUCCUAUUGGACUUUUGCCUGGACGGAUUAUUUUGGGCAUCAACAAGAGAGGGGUGCAUUUUUUCCGUCCAGUUCCAAAGGAAUAUUUACAUUCAGCAGAAUUAAGAGACAUAAUGCAGUUUGGUAGUAGUAAUACUGCUGUUUUCUUCAAGAUGAGGGUUGCGGGUGUUCUGCACAUAUUCCAGUUUGAGACCAAGCAGGGAGAAGAAAUUUGUGUUGCUCUUCAAACACAUAUAAAUGAUGUUAUGUUGCGUCGCUAUUCUAAAGCUCGGACUGCUGCUAGCGGCUCAGUGAAUGGAGAUGUUUCUAACAAUUUUAAGCCCCCCAAUGUAGAAUCGCAUGAAAAACGUUUACAGGAAUUGUCGAAAACUAUUGAAGAAUCUCAGAAGAAAGCUGAACAAUUAUUGGAAGAAUUGCAUGAGAAGCAAAAUCAAGAAGUGAAAUUGCAAGAGCAAUUGGAGGGCUUGAAAGAUUCCUUGAGAUCAGAGAAGCAAAACUUGGCAGAAGUAGAGUGUGAUCGUGAUAGACUUAAGUCACUGUUUGCUGAAAAGGAUGCAGCUCUUCAAGCUGCAUUGUCAGAAAAGAGGAGCAUGGAAACAAGGAUGGCCAAACUCAGUAACAUCGCACUAGAGAAAAAUGCCAAAAAUGAUAUAGUCGGAUCUAAUAACCAGGCGUUACAUAAGCUCCAGGAUGAUUUGAAACUGCAGAACGAGGAACUGCAUGCAGCAGAAGGAAGGAUGCAAAGAUUGGCUAAUGAAAAAGUAUUUCUCGAACAGAAGAUUUUUAGACUCGAAAGGAAAGUUGAAGAGAUGGCAAAUAUUGAGAAAAACCUUGAGCAGGAACGCCAAUCGUUAAAGCUUCGAGUGAUUGAACUCGAACAGAAACUGGAAAUGGUCACACAAGAUUUGGCCAUUUCCAAAUCAACUCUUGCAAAUGUGAAUGCAGAUUUGGUUGCAUUGCAGAACAAUUUGAAGGAAUUAGAGGAAUUGAGAGAAAUGAAAGAGGAUAUUGACAGAAAGAAUGAGCAGACUGCUGCCAUUUUGAAGAUGCAAGCGUCUCAACUUGCUGAGCUAGAAGUGCUUUAUAAGGAAGAACAAGUUUUGCGGAAACGUUAUUUUAAUACCAUAGAAGAUAUGAAAGGCAAGAUCAGAGUUUUCUGUCGGUUGAGACCUCUAAGUGAGAAAGAGAUUUCUGAAAAGGAUAGAGGCCUGCUUACAAGCAUAGAUGAAUUUACAGUUGAACAUCCAUGGAAAGACGAUAAAGCAAAACAACAUAUGUAUGAUCGAGUGUUUGAUGGCAAUUCUACUCAGGAAGAUGUGUUUGAGGAUACACGAUAUUUAGUUCAAUCUGCUGUUGAUGGGUAUAAUGUUUGCAUAUUUGCCUAUGGUCAAACUGGUUCUGGGAAGACAUUUACCAUUUAUGGCUCUGAGGGCAAUCCUGGACUGACACCACGGGCCACUUCAGAACUUUUUAAAAUUUUAAGACGUGAUAACAACAAAUUCUCAUUUUCAUUAAAGGCAUAUAUGGUGGAGUUGUAUCAAGAUACACUUGUGGACCUUCUAUUACCAAAGAAUAUUAAGCGCUUAAAAUUGGAUAUUAAAAAAGAUACAAAGGGUAUGGUUUCUGUAGAAAAUGUGACAGUUGUAUCCAUUACUUCAUUUGAAGAAUUACAAAGCAUUAUUCAGAGAGGAUCUGAUCAGCGGCAUACAUCCGGGACUCAAAUGAAUGAAGAGAGUUCUAGGUCUCAUCUGAUACUUUCAAUUGUUAUUGAAAGCACCAACCUUCAAACUCAGUCUGUUGCAAGGGGAAAGUUAAGUUUUGUGGACCUUGCUGGUUCAGAAAGAGUGAAGAAGUCAGGCUCUACUGGUAGUCAACUUAAGGAAGCUCAAAGCAUCAAUAAAUCACUUUCAGCCCUUGGGGAUGUCAUUAGUGCUUUAUCUUCUGGUGGUCAACACAUACCUUAUAGGAACCACAAGUUAACCAUGUUAAUGAGCGAUUCCCUGGGUGGUAAUGCCAAGACGCUUAUGUUCGUGAAUGUAUCUCCAGCUGAAUCAAAUUUGGACGAGUCGUACAAUUCUCUAAUGUAUGCAUCUAGAGUUCGAUCAAUUGUUAAUGACCCAAGCAAAAAUGUUUCGUCAAAAGAAGUUGCUCGGCUGAAAAAAUUGGUUGCAUAUUGGAAAGAGCAGGCAGGUAAGAGAGGGGAUGAUGAUGAUCUUGAAGAGAUUCAAGAACAAAGACUGGUGAAGGAGAAGACGGAUGGAGUUAAAAACUGGGGUUAUGACAGAAUCAUGACAUUGAUGUCCAUCCGAAACUAA